AUGGCCAACACCUGGAUUGAAAGCUUCCCCCAUACUGCGGCUAAGGUUUUAGACGAGAUGGAUAAUACCCUCGGGUUCAAAUUGUCCAGCAUUAUAUCCGAUGGCCCCAACUCCAAGCUCAACAAAACGGAAAUUUCACAGCCUGCAGUCAUGGCAAUAUCAGUCUUGAUACUUCGUAUCCUGGAGCAGGAAUUCGGAUUCGAUACUAAAUCUCGGGUCGAUGUUACACUUGGACAUAGCCUUGGGGAGUUCUCUGCAUUGGUUGCUGGAGGCUAUCUUGAAUUUGGGGACGCUUUACGAUUAGUCCGUGGCCGGGCUGAAAUUAUGGCCCAGUGUACGCGCCAGUUGACCGAGCAAUCAGGGGAAACAUAUGGCAUGGUUGCACUUCUCUGUGAACCUGAGCACCUGGAAGGUUUGCUUCGAACAGUUCAGGAAUUCACUGGCCUCGAAGCACCGGGUAUUGAAAUUGACAGAGAUAAUCGAGUCCCGUCAAUUCAACAAGUGGUGGUCGCAAACAUCAACUCGAAAAAUCAAAUCGUGCUGAGUGGUAGUCUUGACCGAAUCAAAAUGCUUUUGGUCCAAAUACGUCAAUUUGGAGGUCACGACCCACGGGCUGUCAGAUUGAAAAGUGACAGCCCGUUUCAUAGCCCUGCUAUGGCGCUAGCUGCGGAUUAUAUGAGAAAUGCCCUGGAUAAAAUCAACAUCACAUUCCCGGUAUCAGUUCCAUGCAUAUCAAAUGUUUCUGCCUUGCCUUUCCAGUCGAAGGGAGACAUCAAGGAUCUUCUUUCUAGACAGUGCACUGAUACAGUCAGAUGGUGGGAUAGCAUUCGCUAUCUUCAUCAGGAACGAGGCGUGAGGCGGUGGAUUGGAAUUGGACCAGGAAAGGUCGGCAGGAAUUUGGUUGGCAAAGAGGUUGGGAGAGUUGACACCAAAGGUGGUGGGGUGUGGGCUGUUUGCAAUCCUCGUGAAAUGUCAGAGAUUAUGGUUGCCCUGGAGCAGACUGAAGUCGAAACUGAAGACUGA